AAGAAAGCAAUUUGCCAUCUCCUCCAUUGGUCUGGUCAAAUGAAAAUGAAAUAUCUGAAAGAUUAGGUCGCAACAGUAAAAAAUAUAAUACACAACUAAAAAUUGUAAGGAAGUCAACUUUAAGCUUAAUGUCUCAUUUACAGGAACAUCAUGAUAUUAUAUAG